AUGACCCAAACUGAGGGCUGUCCUCUCUCCUGCAACUGCAAGCUCCUGGGUGAAGAGGAGGGUCUGCAGGUGGACUGCAGCUCCAGGGAGCUGGUGGAGUUGCCUGCCUUGCCUGCUAACACCAAGAGGCUUUAUCUGCAGAACCAACAGCCUGACCUCGGUCCUCCGGGUCCCUGGACAGCUUGCAACAGCCUGGAGGAAGUGAAAGUUGUUGACAACCCUUGGCACUGUGACUGUCAUAUUCUGUACUUUAAAACUUGGUUAGAAGACACUUCUGCAUCCUGACUGGCCAACAUCAGGUGUGCAAGCCCAGCCCCUGUCAGGAUGAAAGCCCUGAGGCAGCUGAGUGGCAACGAGCUGGGGGUUUGUAAGAGGCUGCUCCCAGUCAAGUGCCUGGAGUUCUUCUGGAGAGACCCGUUAAUUGCUGGAGCAAUCAUCACACUUCUGUUAGUAGCAUGGGCUCUGAAAGGCUCCAAAAAGCUGGUCUGCCAAAAAACCUAA